AAACACCUGCGUUUGAUUGAAAAGAACAAAACUGCAGGAAAAUUUUGCAAAUAAAAUCACAGGACGCAUUAAAACAUUUAAAAAAACGUUUUAUGAGAGCUUUAACGUGAAUCAUUGCCGGCUGUUUAUUUAUAGUUGAAAAUCUAGUGACUGAUUUGAUAAUAUUAUAAAUCAUACUAUUUAUAUUAUUAAGCUUUAACCAGAUUGAUUGAAGCACGCUCGUUUUUUGAUCAAAAAGUGGUUUUCACGUUUGCUGUGUCGCUGAUGUUGCCAGCUUUGUAUUGAUUCAGCACAACUCAUACACAGUCAUUUCUGUACAUUUUGAACACUACAUUUUGAACGUGUGUCCAAUAUCUUAUCUUAAAAUCUAUCUGUAAUCAUUGUCUUAAAUCUCGCCGUUAUAAAAGUGACGUGAAAUGAGUGACAAACAUUCCCUAAAUGGAAACGCUGAAAAGUUUUCAACUCGGGGCUUCCGACAGAAGCUGAAAAGCAUCGCGUCUUUGAACCAAUCAAGUGGCUCUCGGUCAAGUGGACGUUCGGCUUUCCGACCAACAUCUACAGUUACUUCUCAAAAACUACCCAAUCGACCCUCUUCUUCUAUCGAAGUCAGUCAACGAAGGCCGAAAAGUGAAUCGAGAUGUCACCAAAUCGAAAAUGGGGUCCAAAAACUUCAAAAAUCUGUAGAUAAGUCUAACAUGAUGACUUCAUAUGAACGUAACAGAUCAAUUUCACCCGUUGAAAAAUCAGUUUUAGCCCAAAAAGAAGAGAGGCGCCAACGGAAAAUUGAACGGGCGCGCCUAAGUCGGCUGUAUUUGAUUGGACGACGAGGUCCAUGUGUGUUCUCGGUGGUGGGAGAAGACCCGAACAUCAAGUACACUGUCAAAAUAGACGAGAAGCCCAGUUGUUCUUGUGGGAAGCAGUACUGUGUGCAUUUGCUCUUCAUCUUCAUGAGGGUGCUGAGAGUGAGAAGUGAUGACCCCAGAAUAUUCGCACACAGGCUCACCCACCAUCAGAUCAAUAACUUGGUGUAUCAAUACGAAUCACAAUUACGGAGGAAACCGACUCCAAAAGAGCGCUCUAGUCGGCCUAUUAGCCGACCUCACGAGAAACAAGCAGUCAUGCGAAGUCACAGUACUCUUUUGUCCGAAGACAAACCGAGGAUUCCGAUUCGACAUCAACACUCGAAAGCGAUCAGUGAUUCAACUGAGUUUAUAAGUGGGAGGAGCAAGUUAGUGAAUUGCAGUUUGGAACCCAAUUUGCUCAGAGCCCCGAUUGUCACUCUAAGCAGGGAGUCGACCAUGAGUAGCAACCAGUCAAUGGACACAGACGGGGAUGACUUGGGAAACUGUCCCAUCUGUCUUUUGCCUAUGGGCGAAGAGGAUCAGCUGUCAGAGUGUCAGAAUGGAUGCAAGAACAAAAUACACACCCUCUGUCUCAAUAUAUGGGAGAAUGCGUGCCAUGACCGGGAGUUCGAGUUCACAUGUCCAUUGUGCAGAUCCAACUUCAAAACUGGAUUGAGGCGAGCGCAGUCUGCCUUUCAUGUGCCCUCCUUCUCCGACAUUUCCUCUCCUGAUGAAGAUGACUUCAUCAGACAGUCUGUAAGGGAAGAGCUGCAAGGAAUCGUUCAGGAUUUGAGUGAAGAUAUAGUGGAUGGGCUUGCUUCCAGUGACCAAGAAAUAGUCAAGUUAGCCCUCCUUGCAUCUGUGAACAAGUUUAGCUGUUCAGAAAAUGAUCACACCAGAAGAGAGGGAGCGGUCUUAAGGGUGCUUAGUGGUGUACUGAAGCUGCCUUUCAGUGUGUGCGAUUUCUGCUGCAAUCAAAUUAUAAAUUUAUUCUGCUUUUUGGAUUCGUCCUGCAGCCUACACUUGAAGUCCAUAAUUGAACAGCUGUUUUUGAUGCUGAAAAACAAUGACAGUUCAAAAGAGCUUCCGAUCAAAACAGCCUUCACCAAAGCGUUGGAAAAGAACUUGAACCCCUUUAUAUGGUUUCAUUACAUGAUCCUACAAGCCUCUCAUAUCUCUAAACAUAUCAAAUCUUCGCAAGACAAUGGAACAUCUACGUUUAUUUGCCAAGAUAUGCAAGAACUUGUCCAUCUUUUGAAAAUGCAUACUUGGGACAAAAUCCAAGAUCAUUAUUGGCCAAAUUUUGUUGAAUUUCUUCUCAUUCCGAUAAUAUCUUGUUUCGGUCAUUUCGAAAAAGAGACGAGAAAUCUUGCCAAAGAAAUCAUAUCAACGACUGCUCAGUAUUGUGCCAAAGAACAAAAAAGAGGCGAAUAUUUUCGGGGUGAGUUAAAUAAACUUAACCCAGAGUGCAGUAAAGUGUGCAAUUACAUCGAUAAGAAAAUGAAAGAGCAAAGUUUGAAAGUUCGAUUGACGCGACAAAACUCAAAUGUUGGAUUAUUAGAUGAAAUUUUGAAAGUUUCUGGUGGUCCUGGUUGUCAGAUUAGCAGGAAUCCUUCCAGUGAAAGCUCAUCUCUUCGAGAAAGCAACGAAAUCCGACCAUUGUCAAAGUCAAACGAUAAGAUCUUGCGUGAAAUUGACUUCGCUCACUUUGAAGAGGGCAAAGAUUGGAUGAAGGGAGAAUGCAUUGGCAGAGGGGGCCAUAGUCUCUGUUACGUCAUCAAGGCCAUACACUAUGGACACAUGAUGGUUGUCAAGCAGAUAAAACUGGGCAUGGGCACAACCUCUAGGUCCAGCGUGUUAGGGGGGACUGGUGUGGCUGACUUCAAAUCAUCUUCAGCUGUUGAAGAAGAAAGGAAAGAGUUUGAGAUGGCGAGACAGUUGAGACAUGCACACAUUGUGGAGGUGUUCGGAAGCAACUGUUCUGUCGACAAUUACACAUUCAAUAUAUACCAGGAGUGGAUGCCAGGUGGCACUGUGUCUAACCAUGUGCGUCACUUUGGCCCAUUCAACCAGUCCUCCCUCCGUCUUCUGCUCCGUCAAUUAGCACUGGCAAUCCAGUAUCUCCACGACUGCCAAGUGGCACACAGAGACAUAAAGGGUGACAACCUGCUUCUGGACUUGACUGGGACUACUUUGAAGUUGUGCGACUUCGGCACUGCAUCACUAGUGUCCAAAGACGGCACUGGACCUAUGCAGUUUGCUAACGAACUUGUCGGAACUGUCUGUUUCAUGGCGCCCGAAGUCAUCAGAGGCCGUGGGUAUGGCAGGUCAUGUGACAUUUGGUCUUUUGGCUGUGUCAUCAUCCAGAUGGCAGGAGGAAUGUUACCAUGGAGAGCCAGUCAGCACUCGAACAAAGCAGCCCUUAUGUACCAGAUUGCGAUGUGUGACCAACCACCACCUGAAGUAGAGACGAUAGAAGUACUUCAACAACCAGAACAUAGACAGCUUCUUCUUCUCACUAAACAGUGUCUCCAACUGGAGCCCUCUUCCAGAGUAAACGCCUCAGGAAUUGUCAAACAUCUUUAUUUUGUAGAUGCAUCUAGUCUGUGUUCAAACUGAAAUUGCGAAUAUCUCUUUUAACUUCCUUUUCUUAAAUGUAGAUGUAAUUGCCAGAUAGAUAAGAUUAGAUUCAAAUAUUUGUUUUUGA